AUGAGAUGGCGACGCGCCCCGCGCCGCUCCGGGAGGACCGGCCCCCGGGCCCCGCGCCCCGGCCCCGCCGCCCGCUCGCCGCCGCCGCUGCUGCUGCUGCUGCUGUGGACCGCGGCCCUGGCGCCGGGGGCGGCCGCCGGCGACGAAGCGGCUCCCGCGGGGGCCUCGGUGUGCUACGCGUCCCCGCCCAGCGUGGGCUCGGUGCAGGAGCUGGCUCAGCGCGCCGCGGUGGUGAUCGAGGGAAAGGUGCACGCGCCGCGGCGGCAGCAGGGGGCACUCGACAGGAAGGCGGCGGCGGCGGCGGGCGAGGCAGGGGCGUGGGGAGGCGAGCGCCAGCCGUCAGCCGCGGGCCCGGGAGCGCUGCCCGCCGCCAACGGGACCGUGUCCCCCUGGCCCGCGGGCCCCGCGCCCAGUGCCGCCAAGCCCGGAGACGAGGCGCCCUAUCUGGUGAAGGUGCACCAGGUGUGGGCGGUGAAAGCCGGGGGCUUGAAGAAGGACUCGCUGCUCACCGUGCGCCUGGGCGCCUGGGGCCACCCCGCGUUCCCCUCCUGCGGGCGGCUCAAGGAGGACAGCAGGUACAUCUUCUUCAUGGAGCCCGAUGCCAACAGCAGCGGCCGCGCGCCGGCCGCCUUCCGAGCAUCCUUCCCCCCUCUGGAGACGGGCCGGAACCUCAAGAAGGAAGUCAGCCGAGUGCUGUGCAAGCGGUGCGCCUUGCCUCCCCGAUUGAAAGAGAUGAAAAGUCAGGAGUCUGCAGCAGGUUCAAAACUAGUGCUUCGGUGCGAGACCAGUUCUGAAUACUCCUCUCUCAAAUUCAAAUGGUUCAAGAAUGGGAAUGAAUUAAACCGAAAGAACAAACCACAAAACAUCAAGAUACAAAAAAGGCCAGGGAAGUCAGAACUUCGCAUUAACAAAGCAUCACUGGCUGAUUCUGGAGAAUAUAUGUGCAAAGUGAUCAGCAAAUUAGGAAACGACAGUGCUUCUGCCAAUAUCACCAUUGUGGAUGCAAAUGAGAUCAUCACUGGCAUGCCAGCCUCAACUGAGACAGCGUAUGUGUCUUCAGAGUCUCCCAUUAGAAUAUCAGUAUCAACAGAAGGAGCAAAUACUUCUUCAUCCACAUCUACAUCUACCACUGGGACAAGCCAUCUUGUCAAGUGUGCAGAGAAGGAGAAAACUUUCUGUGUGAAUGGAGGCGAGUGCUUCAUGGUGAAAGACCUUUCAAACCCCUCAAGAUACUUGUGCAAGUGCCCAAAUGAGUUUACUGGUGAUCGCUGCCAAAACUACGUAAUGGCCAGCUUCUACAAGCAUCUUGGGAUUGAAUUUAUGGAAGCGGAGGAGCUCUACCAGAAGAGAGUGCUCACCGUCACCGGCAUCUGCAUCGCGCUGCUCGUGGUCGGCAUCAUGUGUGUGGUGGCCUACUGCAAAACCAAGAAGCAACGGAAAAAGCUUCAUGACCGGCUUCGGCAGAGUCUUCGCUCUGAACGAAACAACAUGGUGAACAUAGCCAACGGGCCCCAUCACCCCAAUCCACCCCCCGAGAACGUGCAGCUGGUGAAUCAAUACGUAUCUAAAAAUGUCAUCUCCAGCGAGCAUAUUGUCGAGAGAGAGGCGGAGACGUCUUUUUCCACCAGUCAUUACACUUCCACAGUUCAUCACUCCACUACUGUCACCCAGACUCCCAGUCACAGCUGGAGCAACGGACACACUGAAAGCAUCAUUUCAGAAAGCCACUCUGUCAUCGUGAUGUCAUCCGUAGAAAACAGUAGGCACAGCAGCCCUACUGGGGGCCCAAGAGGACGUCUUAAUGGCUUGGGAGGCCCUCGCGAGUGUAACAGCUUCCUGAGGCAUGCCAGAGAAACCCCUGACUCCUACCGAGAUUCUCCUCAUAGUGAAAGGUUUGUAUCAGCAAUGACCACCCCGGCUCGUAUGUCACCUGUAGAUUUCCACACGCCAAGCUCCCCCAAAUCGCCCCCUUCGGAAAUGUCUCCACCCGUGUCCAGCACGACGGUGUCCAUGCCCUCCAUGGCAGUCAGUCCCUUCGUGGAAGAAGAGAGACCCCUGCUUCUUGUGACACCACCAUGGCUGCGGGAGAAGGAUGACCGCCACACUCAGCAAUUCAACUCCUUCCACUGCAACCCCGCGCACGAGAGCAACAGCCCGCCCCCUAGCCCCUUGAGGAUAGUGGAGGACGAGGAGUACGAAACGACCCAGGAGUAUGAACUGGCUCAAGAGCCGGUUAAGAAACUCACCAACAGCCGGCGGGCCAAAAGAACCAAGCCCAAUGGUCACAUUGCCCACAGGUUGGAAACGGACAGUAACACAAGCGCUGAGAGCAGUAACUCAGAGAGUGAAACAGAGGAUGAAAAAGUAGGAGAAGAUACACCUUUCCUGGGCGUACAGAACCCCCUGGCAGCCGAUCUUGAGGCAGCGCCUGCCUUCCACCUGGCUGACAGCAGGACUAACCCAGCAGGCCGCUUCUCUCCGCAGGAAGAAUUGCAGGCCAGGCUGUCCGGUGUAAUCGCUAACCAAGACCCUAUUGCUGUAUAAAACCGAAAUAAACCCAUAGAUUUCACCUGUAAAACUUUAUUUUAUAUAAUAAAGUAUUCCACCUUAAAUUAAACAAUUUAUUUUAUUUUAGCAGUUCUGCAAAUAGAAAACAGGAAAAAAAAAUCUUUUAUAAAUUAAAUAUAUGUAUGUACAAAUGUGUUAUGUGCCACAUGUAGCAAUUUUUUACAGUAUUUCCAAACGAGAAAGAUAUCAAUGGUGCCUUUAUGUUAUGUUAUGUCGAGAGCAAGUUUUGUACUGUUCCUGUGAUUGCUUUUUCACAGUAUUUCAGCAAACCCUCUCCCACCCCUGCAUAUUCCGUUUUUGCUGGCUUCUUGUGCAUUGCAUUAUGAUGUUGACUGGAUGUAUGAUUUACAGGAUUUGCAACUAUCCCUCUGUUUGCUUCAAGUAGUACUCAAUCAGUACGUCUUACACAUCCAUCCAAAUACUCCCCUUCUGUAGGAAAUGUUCUUUUGCUUUCAGUAUAUGAAAUGAGUUGUGUCUACUACUCUGCCAGCCAAAGGUUUGCUUCACUGGGCUCUGAGACAAUAGUAGAUCCAGCAGCAUGCUACUAUUAAUUACAGCAGGAAACUGCAUUAAGUCAUGUUAAAUAUUAGGAAGAAAGUAAUAUUGUGAUUUUUUUUCAAAAACUGUAUGAUUCAUCAGAAGACAGCUUGCUUGACAAAAGGAGCUACCAUUUACUUUAUUUGGAUUGAUUUUUUUUUUCUCGACCAAAAAAAAGCAAGUUUUCGGGAUAGCAAAGAAAAUGGGUUCUGGCUACCGAUCAGGGUAAAAUCCAACCCCUAAGUCGAGGACUCGGUUUCCCUUUCUCUCUCUGGGGGAAUGAUACAGCGGCUCAUCUAGCUGGAGAGCAAACCAUGGCUGAAAAAGGUGCAAUCGUUCCUGACUUGUGUUUUUCACUGAUUUUGGAGCUAGUGACCGGUUGUGUCUUCUUGGCUCAAGGACAGACAUGUUAUGGUACAAAAACCCCAGCUUCAACAGCGCACUCAGCAAUUUGUCUGAAAUACUUCUAGAGUGAAAUGCGCCUGCUGUAUGGUGACGUCAUCGUAGGGAAAUUCUUCUUAGAUUGUCUAGAGGAGUGAAUAUAUAGAAGACACGGGGGACAGCAGCUGUGUGACUUGGUUAGUAAUUUUUAAGUUUUUUUGACCAUUCCUUUGUCCUCAUUAUUUUUCUCUUGUUUUUCAAUGUUGCCUUGAUUAAGUCAUAACUAUGCAUGAACAUUUUUGUCAGGAAUGGCCAGUGUGCAUGUGAUUUGUGAUUAGUAAGAACCUCCUACGAGUGAUGAUUCAUCAGGAAAUGGCAAUAGUCUUGGAAAGAUUGCACCUUUCCUUGCAGAAAUGACUCCCAUCUGUGUGCUAACCUCUCUGUUUACAGCUGUAUCACCCAUUUUCCCCCUUUCUUACUUUUUGCUUUACUGUCACAAAAACAGGAGUAAGAUGGGUCUACACUUUGCACGUUCACUCGGGAUUGCCAAUCCAAGGAAAGCCUAUAGGUAGAAACAUUUGAAAUAACUGCUAAUCCAGGAAAAUAAGAGAAUUAAAAAAAAAAAAAUCGCAGCCCCAUUUCUGUCAAAUUGGGCUGGAGCUUUACUUAGGUUCCAAGUGGCCUCCUAGGAGCCAUGGAACAAAAUGGGGAACAGGUUAGCAGGGGGCUCAAAAUACCAGACAUGAAGUUCAAAAUACCAAACAUGAAGUCUUCUUGUUUGCAGGUGAACUGAAUCUAUUUCUUCACCAAAUCUCUACGUUAAAAUUAAAGGGAAGAAGUGACAUGCAAGGAGGUCUUAGAAGAAAAAUGCAGGCUGAGCAUGAGUCAUGUCGUUAAGCUCCUAAGUGCUUCUACAAUCCACAGAGACACCUGUCUACAGGUCCUUGAAGUUACUCUUAGUAUUUGGUAUCCCAAGCAUCCUUCAUGGUUCCAUGCCACUUCCUCUGUGCUCAGCAAUGUCCUCAUGUGCUUCUUCACCUCUCCUAAGGAGCCCCUGACAACUCUCCAGGUUGCACUGAUUUCCCAAUUCUGUAGAAUCAGUAAGCUCAUGGCAGCGGAGAGAAAGCAGUCAACGUGAAGAGGUUCUCUAAAUUACUCUAAUAUUGCAUUUGAAGACCUUGACUCAUUCUUAGACUAUUUCAAUAAAAAAAAAUUCCUACUGUAAUUAAAACUCUAAAAUUUCUGUUUCAAAUUCUUCAGGCAUUGGAGUCCCAUUCUGGAGAAUUUCAGGAAUAAAUAAAAUCUUCUGUUGAGAGCAAUGAACAACAUUUUCCUCAGUAUGAAAAAUCGCUGUAAAUUUUCAGGUUGCAAAAAUAGACGAAAAUUGAGAGGAAAUUUUCUUUCCAACUUGGUUCUGGUCACUCACCGAGGUGGCAUAUCAGUUGGGACAGGCUUUCUGUCCAUAGAACGAGAGGUUCCCUUGAUAGGAAAGGUCAGCUGACUCCUCGGGGCUACCUGCCGUGGCCCCCAGAUUUGGGUUCACAGGGGCAUCUCCAGGAUGUUUAAAUGCCACCAUCCCUGUUUAUAAACUCAGGAGUGCAGUGGCAAUCCAAAGGAGUGUGAACCUACGUUCCCUGCAUACGGGAAACUUUCGUGGGUCUUCAGGUAGCAGAAAUUGCCCAGAAGUUUCACGGUGACUUUGUUUCCUGGGUCUGAAAUCAUAUCCCGCUGAGGAAUAUGGAGUGGAGCAUAGUAUAUGAAAAACUCCUUUUUCUCGCUCCAGAUUCCUUUACUAUCCUACUCUCCCUCCUUGCCUGGUAGGACUUUUGUUUUUGAGAGUACCUGGACAGUCUUGUGCUUUCUACAAAAUGGCACUCUGCCUGGGUAUUUAUGAAUGUGUCCCAAAGAGCAACAUGCCGUAUCUUCCUUAUUUAAGUGUGACUGUCUUGAUAUAGUUAGAGUUUAUCCAGGGUCAUUUGCUCAGUAACAUGUUUUUUUUUUUUUUUUUUUUUUUUGGCCUGGCGUUGAAAGGUGCACGGCUCACAUUGGUGAAAAUAAGGAAGACCUAGUUUUAUCUUUUAGUCCUGGCUGCUUCCUACCAGCCACAAAGAAAGAUUUCUAUCUACAAAGACCCAUGAAACACUGCAGAGAGAUGCAGUCAAAAGGAAAUGGCCACAUAUCACAAGUUCUGUUAUAUAUUCUUUUGUAAAUACACAUUGUACAUUACUUGGAUGUUUCCCUAAAUCAUUUACUGUCUUUAUGAGUUCAUGUCAGUUUUUUUUUUAGUCUCUCAACUUACUAUGUAACAUUGUAAAUAACAUAAUGUCCUUUAUUAUUUAUAUUUAAACAUCUAACAUAGAGUUGUUUUCAUAUAAGUUUAAGAUAAAUGUCAAAAAUAUAUGUUUUUUUGGUUUUUCUUUGCUUUAAAAUUAUGUAUCUUUUCCUUUUCUUUUUGUUUUUAAAGAAUAAUUUAUUGUUCAGGAGAAAGAAUGUAUAUGUAAUUGAAACUAUUUGAAGAAUGCACAUUUGAAGGCCGUGAGGUACUGAUAAACUAAAGAAUUUAUUAUCCAACAUACUAAGCAAUAAGUAAUUGUGAUUUAUUUUAAAAGUUUUGUUCAUUUUCCAUGGAAGACAAUACUGCAAUAAA